AUGGAACCAGGCAAUGGUACACAAAUUUCAGAAAUUCUUCUUCUGGGACUAUCACAGGCACUGGAGCUACAGCCCCUCAUAUUUGGGCUUUUCCUCUCCAUGUACCUGGUCACUGUGUUUGGAAAUCUGCUCAUCAUCCUGGCCAUCAGCUCAGAUUCCCACCUCCACACACCCAUGUACUUCUUCCUCUCCAACCUGUCCUUGGUAGACAUCUGUUUCACCUCCACCACCAUCCCAAAGAUGCUGGUGAACAUCCAGACACAGAGCAAAGCCAUCACCUAUGAAGGCUGCAUCACACAGAUGUAUUUUUAUACGCUCUUUGUAGUGUUGGACAACUUUAUCCUGACUGUAAUGGCAUAUGACUGGUUUGUGGCCAUCUGCCACCCCCUGCACUACAUGGUCAUCAUGAACCCCCGGCUCUGUGGACUGCUGGUUCUGGUGUCCUGGAUCAUGAGUGUCCUGAUUUCCUUGCUACAUAGCUUAAUGGUGCUGCGUCUGUCCUUCUUCUCAGACUUGGAAAUCCCCCACUUUUUCUGUGAACUCAAUCAGGUGAUCCAACUUGCCUGCUCUGACACCUUUCUUAACAACAUUAUGUUAUAUUUUAUAAUUGUGCUACUAGGUGGUGGCCCCCUUGUAGGGAUCCUUUACUCUUACUCUAAAAUAGUCUCCUGUAUAUGUGCAAUCCCAUCAGCUCAGGGGAAGUAUAAAGCAUUUUCUACGUGUGCGUCUCACCUCUCAGUUGUCUCCUUAUUUUAUGGUACGAGCCUAGGAGUGUACCUCAGCUCUGCUGCUUCCCAAAAUGCACAGUCAAGUGCAACAGCCUCGGUGAUGUACACCGUGGCCACACCCAUGCUGAACCCCUUCAUCUACAGUCUGAGGAACAAUGACAUAAAGAGGGCUCUGGAAAGAUUCCUUUGCAGGGAAGCUUUUCCAGGGCCAACUAUACUAGUCUGA